AUGUCUAGAUCUUCUCGCUGCUCGUUGGAAUCGCGUCCUCCGUCUACUGCAUCGUCCACUCCAACGGAAGCCGACUUGCGCAAUACCCGGGGCUAUUUUCUGUUUGUCGAGGAGCCAUCCAACCACACCGUCCAUGGUUGGCAACGAGCCGCAUUCAUGUUGUCCGACGUGUACGAUUCAGAUGAUGCGUUGAAUCGCUCACCCGGUCUUAAACCAUCUGUUAUAAAAUAUGGACCGGACGAGUCUAUCCCACCAUUUUUGCAGGAAAAACAACAGCGGGCAUUGGGCGAUGGCAAACAACAGAGUUCGACGAGUCCAACGAGCUCGGAGAGCCGGUCGCCUAAGUAUCGUCGACGGCGUAGGAAACCUCAGUCCUCUUUAGGUGAUGCCGUCUUGAUUGGUUUUCUAGAUCCUAAUAGGCCUGACAUAGCUAGACAAGCCGGGCAAGAGACAUUAGGGCCAGACUCGGACGAAUCUGAAGAUGAUAAGCGAAAUCGCGCGACACUCACUUCUUCUUUACCUGUCGUGACGAGGGCAAGCGAUUUUGCCAAAAAUGCUCUGGAGUUGAUUCCGGAUGUUCAAGCACGCAACAAUACCUCGUUACCGUCCAUUAAGGAACUCGUUCCUCAAGAAGCCAUCUUCUCAACCAAGCCACCCCCUCUGCAGACUUCACUGGAGCCGCUUCGGCGGCCUAGACAGGAUAGUCUAGCAGAUUCUAGCGUUGGGAAAUAUACUAUCUCUUCAUCAAACAAAUACGAAAUUCUUCCUGCCCUCCAGGCACCGACACCCUCAGCAGUUGGAUCCCCAGAUAACACACAGAGCUUACCGUCCAUACGCUCAGCUGUUUUCGCCGAAUUAGAGAGCAACCCAUCAACGCCUUUUCAUAUGCUAACGCCGCAACUUACACGAGGGACCAGUACACAGUCAGAGCUCUCAAUCUCCCGGGUAUCCACAGCUCCAGCUUCCGAUUCAUUUCAAAUACCCACCCCUUUCUCCCAUCCGUCCCCGAUGAGUUUGAAAGAAAUGGCAACUACAUCCCCUGUCUCGCAGUCGCAGUAUAUGAUGCAGCCGCCCAGCUUAACACCUGAUACAUCCAACAUGACAUCUUAUAGUGAAUCAUCGUUACGGCAAACUUCGAUAGGCCAGAGUCCUGCGAAUAACUAUCCUACGCCUACCGAGCCGCGGUUAGUCAUGGACGAACGCUCAGAUACGCUCGUUUCUGGUACAAAUCUGUUCAAGUGUCCAUACCCUGGUUGCACCGCUGCUGCUUUCCAAACACAAUAUCUUCUAAACUCUCAUGCCAAUGUUCAUUCCCAAGACCGGCCACAUUUCUGCCCCGUUAUUGGCUGCUCUAGGGGUAUAGGUGGCAAAGGGUUCAAGAGGAAAAACGAAAUGAUUCGCCAUGGUCUAGUGCACGACUCACCAGGAUAUGUGUGUCCAUUCUGUACGGACCAGCAGCAUAAGUAUCCUCGUCCCGACAAUUUACAACGGCACGUGCGAGUCCACCACGUGGACAAAAACAAAGAUGAUCCAGAGCUGCGAAAUGUCCUUGCGCAAAGACCCAAGGGGAGUGGGCGAGGACGUCGACGACGUGUUCAUUAG